UUUGGUAUGCUUCGAAUUUUCUGCCGGAACAUUUUAGUAUACAAUUUUCCAGUAAAAUAAAGUUAGUGGAGUUUAUUUCCAAUUACCUCACUAUAACUUAUUUAUAAUAUAAACGCUUGAUAAAUACUUGCAAAGACUACAUCAUGUCGUCCCAUCAAUACCACCAAAUUGCAAAUUUGCUGGAAAAAAUGACCUCAACCGAUAAAGAUUUUCGGUUUAUGGCAACCAACGAUCUAAUGAUGGAAUUACAAAAGGAUAGUAUUAUUCUUGAUGAUGACUCGGAAAAAAAAGUUGUGCGAAUGGUCUUGAAAUUGUUGGAGGACAAAAACGGCGAAGUGCAGAAUCUGGCUGUCAAGUGUCUUGGCCCCUUAGUCAACAAGGUAAAAGAAAACCAAGUAGAGACAAUUGUUGAUUCCCUCUGUGCCAAUAUGAUGUCAAACACAGAACAGCUACGGGAUAUUUCGAGUAUUGGAUUAAAAACGGUAAUUGCCGAACUGCCUCAGUCUUCGAACUCUCUUGCCCCAAAUGUUUGCCAGCGCAUAACAGGCAAACUAAGUACGGCAAUUGAAAAGGAAGAUGUUUCCGUAAAAUUAGAGUCUCUUGACAUUCUGGCAGAUCUACUUUCUCGUUUUGGAGAGUUUUUAAUUCCCUUCCAUAGCACCAUAUUAAAAUCACUGAUACCACAAUUGGCUUCAUCCCGUCAAGCUGUACGAAAGCGUACCAUCGUAGCACUCUCAUUCCUUUUAAUUCAAGCCAAUUCCAAUGCCUACAAUGGCGUCAUUGAUCAUCUUCUCGAUGGACUCGAAAAACCACCAAACCCUGCUACAAUUCGAACAUACAUUCAGUGUUUAGCUUCAAUAUGCCGACAGGCUGGACAUCGUCUUUGUAAUCACACUAUUAAACGCUCAAUGCGUGUUCUGGAGCAAUAUAGCGAGCAGGAUGACGAUGAAUUACGUGAGUUUUGCCUACAGGCCUGUGAAGCAUUUGUUAUGCGUUGUCCCGAUGCCAUACAUCCACAUAUAUCGAUGAUUCUUGCGCUUUGUCUUAAAUAUGUUACAUAUGACCCAAACUACAACUAUGAGACCGAUGAUGGUGACACUGGAUUUGCAAUGGAUACCGAAGAUGAUGAAUACGUUGACAGCGAGGAAUAUAGUGACGAUGACGACAUGAGCUGGAAGGUUCGACGUGCAGCAGCCAAGUGUCUGGAAGUUUUAAUUGCAACUCGACAAGAACUUAUUGAAGAUUUUUAUCGUACCUUAAGCCCAGCUUUAAUAGCUCGUUUUAAAGAAAGAGAGGAAAAUGUAAAGUCUGAUAUUUUUCACGCAUACGUCGCACUGCUUAAGAGCACCCGCCUGACCGAUGAUGUGACUCCAGACCCUGACUCAAUGGAUCAAAUAUCGGGCCCAACUUCAUUAUUGAUGGAACAGCUGCCACUAAUCGUCAAAGCGGUGCAACCGUUAAUGCGAGAAAAAUCAAUGAAAACGCGUCAAGAUUGCUUCUUGCUGCUGCGAGAGCUGCUAAAUUCACUACCAGGAGCAUUGGGUCCCCAUUUGGAUAGCGUUGUGCCUGGCAUAAGUUAUUCGUUAAAUGAUAAGAGCUCGACAAGUAACAUGAAAAUUGAGUCGCUAGGAUUUCUUUACUCUCUACUUCAAGGUCAUCCACCGAAUGUGUUUCAUCCACACAUACCGUCAUUAGUUCCUCUAGUAGUGACUUCAGUUUUCGAUCCAUUUUACAAAAUUGCCACAGAAGCAUUAAUGGUGCUGCAGCAACUUGUUAAAGUAAUUCGACCAUUGGAUACAAAUGAUUCCAAAUCUGGCUUCGAUGCGUCAUCCUUCGUUGGUCCAGUGUAUUCUUGCACUUUGCAAAAGUUAAAAGUAACAGAUGUAGAUCAAGAGGUGAAGGAAAGAGCCAUAGCAUGCAUGGGACAAAUUAUUGCUAAUAUGGGAGAUAUGCUAAAACCCGAACUGAGCGUUUGCCUACCAAUCUUUAUGGAACGCCUCAAGAACGAAGUGACCCGUCUGAGCAGUGUCAAAGCGCUGACUAUGAUUGCAGCAUCUACGUUACGUAUAGAUCUCACGCCGAUAUUGCAUGAUGUACUACCGACUUUAGGUACAUUCUUGCGCAAGAAUCAUCGUGCCCUGAAGCUCCACUCUUUGGAUCUGAUUAACAAAAUUGUUAUCAACUAUUCAAGCAACUUUGAACCAAAUCUUUUGCAGACAGCUAUAGUAGAAAUUCCACCACUCAUAUCUGAUACAGAUCUACACGUAGCUCAGUAUUCCUUAACCCUCCUGAGUACUGUAGCCCAAAGGCAGCCGCAAGCAUUAGUUGGUAUUCACGAACAGUUUUUACCAUCAGUACUUAUCCUAGUGCGUUCACCCUUGUUGCAGGGAGCUGCAUUAAAUUGCACGUUGGAGUUGUUUCAAGCUUUGGUUCAAACGCAGUUGCCUGGUUUGGACUAUCACUCGCUAGUGUCAAAACUAAUGGCACCAGUCUUGAUCGGUGGUGACAUGUCGUCUAGAAGUUCAACCACGUCCCCAAGUGAACAAUUACAACUUCAUAAACAAGCAUAUCAUUCAUCAGCCAAGUGCAUUGCUGCUCUAACUCAACAAUGUUCGCAAGUAGCGACACCAUUGGCCACAAAACUGAUAACAGACCUACAGAAACGUAACGAUACAGAAGUCAUAUUUUGUUUAUUGACAAUUGGGGAAAUAGGUCGCCACUUUGAUCUGAGCUCCAUACAAGUGCUCCCACAAACUAUAAUCGAAUGCUUUGGUGCAACCUCCGAGGACGUGAAAGCAGCAGCGUCACAUGCGCUUGGAGCGGUGUCUGUUGGAAGUUUGCAAACAUACUUACCGCUCAUUCUAAAAGAGAUUGAAGUACAGCCUAAGCGGCAGUAUUUACUUCUUCAUUCCUUAAAAGAAGUAAUAUCUUCUCUUUCGGUAACUCCUAGUGGACUCGCACAAUUGUUACCAUCAGUACCAUCCAUAUGGACACAGCUCUUCAAGCAUUGUGAGUGUUCAGAAGAAGGUUCACGCAAUGUGGUGGCGGAAUGCCUUGGUAAGCUUGUGCUGGUUAACCCUGAGGAAUUACUGCCGCAAUUACAGCAAGCUUUGCGUUCGGAGAGUGCUACUAUGCGUACUGUUGUUGUCUCUUCAAUUAAGUUCACCAUUUCCGAUCAGCCACAGCCAAUAGAUGUUCUUCUCAAGCAGAGCAUUGGAGAAUUCCUGUUUGCGCUGCGUGACCCAGAGCCACAAGUUCGUCGAGUUGCUCUUGUUGCUUUCAACUCUGCUGUGCACAACAAACCCAGUCUGGUGCGUGACUUGCUGCCAACCCUUUUGCCAUGGCUCUAUUCUGAAACAAAAGUUAAAAGUGAACUUAUACGAGAGGUGGAAAUGGGACCGUUUAAACACACAGUUGACGAUGGUCUUGAUAUACGUAAAGCUGCUUUUGAGUGCAUGUACACCCUGCUGGAGCAAGGCUUAGAUCGUGUUGAUGUAAUGCAAUUUUUAGAUCACGUGCAAGCCGGUCUUUGCGACCACUACGAUAUUAAGAUGUUGACAUACCUAAUGACAGCUCGUUUAGCCGUCUUGUGUCCGGAUAAGGUUUUGCUAAGACUUGAUCAAUUUAUUCAACAACUGCGUGAUACAUGUACACAUAAGGUGAAAGCCAAUUCUGUGAAACAGGAAUACGAAAAGCAAGAUGAAUUGAAGCGCUCCGCACUUCGCGCCGUGUCUGCACUCUCUCAAAUACCCAAAGCAAGUAAAAAAAAAUCAGCAUUUAAUUGAUUUUCUAAAAUCAAUUAAGGAAACUCCGGAACUGUCUAAAAUUUUCGAGUAUAUUCAGAAGGAUUCUGUCACUGGGGGCUCCGAGAUUAUUUUAAUGGAUCAAAGUUAAAGGCCCUGAGCUCGGAAAUAAUUUUAAUGGAUCAAAUGGAUUAAUAAAAGUCAAGCAUAGAUUUAUAA